AUGAACAGCGCAGAACAGACCGAGCAAAAGGAAUACUUCAGCAAAAGAGUUUUUGUAUCAAAAGAGGAGGAGAGAGGACAUUGUAGCAAUAAAAAACAAAAGAAGAAGCAGAAGAGAAGGCGAAAUUCGUCUCCGCUAUCCUACAUAGAGGUCAUUGCCUAUGCUAUCCUCAGAUCACCGCAAAAACGUGUCACUUUAUCUGAGAUCUAUAGUUUCAUCCAGAACAACUAUCCUAGCUUCACCGAGCAUCGAAUACGCUGGAAGAACACCGUCCGCCACAAUUUGUCUCUUCAUGAAUGCUUUCAGCGAGGAGAGAUCGCAAUGGACAAAGCCGGAUGUUACUGGCACAUCCAUCCCAGUUUUUUGGAAGCAUUUAGCCGCGGAGAUUUUUCAAGACGUAAAUCGAUGCCCAAGAAUCCAAAUUUGCGACCGGAAGGUUGGAACCGUUUGGUUGAGAACCACAUCGCUAUACAGCGUCCCUGCUUGCCAUGCCAUAUUCAUAAAAUAAACCCACCAUUUUCAGUAGCAGCACCCAUGGAACCGUUACAGUAUCACCAUGGGGGCUUUACUGUAAGUACUGUACCGUGCGCUCCACAAAUUGCCUACCUACCCUGGCAUCACUGGAUGUUAAACGGAAUAAAUUAG